AGAGUCAAGAGGAACUGGAUAAGCUACAGCGGGAGAUGAAUGAGGCAGUGAGAGCGAUAAAGGCUCAGGUGAAAAUGGAAAUGCAAAACAGCCUUACAGACUUCCGCUGUGUGGAUCCCCACAAACUUAUAGACAACGUGGAGGCGGUGCUGGAAGCAAAUGAAGGCCUCCAGUCUCAGCUUGAGAGUCUGAAAGAAAACUUUCCCUUUAGUGAAAAUGAUGCAUCAAUGUUGUCACUUAAAGGCAAACUGGUUAUACCCAAAUCACACACAAUGGAUGGACACUGGCGCAGUGAGGCACUACGUGAAAAACUGCGCCAACAUGAGGACAGACUGAAGGCUCAGCUCCACCAUUGCAUGUCUAAACAAGCUGAUGUGUUGAGCAGAGGAAGACAACAGACAGAGGGCAGCCUACACAGUCUGAAGAGACAAGUUGAUGCCUUGGAUGACCUAGUGAGCAGUACAUCGGCAGACUCUACGUUUCAUUUUCAUGGUUCACCAGGGAUAAUGAGCCAUGUGAUUAACGAUGAUCAUAAGCACCUAAAACAGGGAAAGCUGUUAGACUGAAGCCAGCAACUGUAUACGGAGGACUGGACCAUUCGCAAGACCUGUAACUGUGUACGACAAGCUAUGCACUGACUUGUAAAUAGAUAAUUUAUUUUAUUAGCACAAAUUGUUCUGUGUUUAUUUUUUUAUUGUGCCAAAAUAUAACAUGAUUGUUAUGGUUUUAUAAAAUGAAUAAAUGUUUUAUAGAUUUUUUUCAAAA